AGUUGCCAUUAUGAUGUUGGGUUGUGCUGACAACAUUCGGGCGCUUUCCAGGUCUCGCAGGAUUGCUCCUCUGGCCGGUCGGCCCACCUCACCCUCGCAAGAUGGCUGCUUCUCCCUCGUCAGGCUUGCUGAGACUGCCGGAUGAACUUCUCCUUGACAUCCUCACUCACAUCGAUGGUUUGGCGCACCCAUGGCGGACCAGCUCUCUCUAUGCCCUCAGUAUGGCCAGUCGACGCCUCCAUGGCAUCACCAAGCCAUAUCUCUACUCGACUUUUUCCUUCUACACGGGGGUGCCGUACAAGUUUCUCCGCACUCUGUGUCUCAACUCAGCUCUGGCCUCGCAAGUGAAGGUGAUCCGUUGGGACUACGAUACCUCUGAAUCAGAGCGGUUCCGAUACGAGCCGGGCAAACUCGGUGUGAAGCAACAAUGGCACAUUGACGACGCCCAUCACAAACUGCAACAUAUGGCUGCGCAAGGAAACUCCACCGCUUCAAACCUCAUCAACCACCUGAGGCUGGGACCCCUGUAUCUUGGCGACCAGAGAGCACUAGAAAUCUUGUUGAUGUUCACCCCAAAUCUCGAGCAUCUGGAAGUCGUGGAGACGUACAGGUGGGAUGACCAUGUCUUCUGGUUUCUACCCAUUCUCUCCAGACACGACGACUUUUCACGACUCACAUCUGCUACUAUACAAGGUCCUAUGCGCGCCCCAAACGUCUUGUUGCUCAUGUUCCUUCCUACAAUGCGACGCCUCGAGCUGAGUCAGGUGAUUGAGAUGCGACAAGAAAUCGGGCGGACGCUGCAGUGGGAUGAAUCUUGGGGAAGCUUCAUUCUCGGCCCAGGUUCCAAGGAUCCGCCCAGCUCAAGCCUCGAGCACCUCCACAUGCUGGAUUCUUAUGCUGACCUAGAUGAUGUCACGCAACUCGUGGGCCUCGUACGAAACUUGAAAUCUUUCGUCUACGAGCAUGCGAGAAAUGAGCUAAGCAUACAUUACUUGGACGUCCCUUACCAGAACAUCGCCCAAAUACUGAAGUGUCAGCACAUUACUUUGACCUCUCUACGAAUCGCAAAUACGCACAUACUAUCGCCAUUAUACAUGCCAUCAGCCGACCUAAUACCACUAGGGGAGAAAGAUCUAUUUGAAACCAUUCAGGAUCUCCCCAACUUGACCUGUCUUGAAAUAUUUCUCUCGCUUGCUCCAUCACAUCGUCAUCGAGCUUUUAGAUGGGAGAACUUACCCCCAAGCUUAGAGACUCUUAUGGUAGAUCAUCACAGCGCCUACCACUACGUCGAGGACCGUAUGGACACUUCAGAUCUAGAGCUUAGUCUCGCAGAUCUGGCAAUGCGCAAACGGAGGGGCGAGCUACCAAACCUGCGCAUGUUGGUUUUUAGAAAUUGGCACCCGUUCUACGGUACAUUUCCGCAAGACAUGUCCGUCAAAAAGGUGCUGGAAGAUGUGGGUAUAAAGUUCAAUUCACUGCCUGCAAAAAUCGGCUCAUCUGUGGCCACGAUGUACGACAUUGGAUGGGUUGAGUUGCAGACUGAGCCGGAAUGGGUGAUCAUCGAGACAUAUAACUUGAACGAAGAGUGAUGAGCUGGCCCUGUCCUUCUUCAUCUCCUCUUUCGCCACUGGUACCGUGGUAGGUGAUUCACUGGUAACCCACAGUUGCAUUCUGCCAACUUAUUCACGGCAAACCGUAUCGCAGGAUCGGAAGAAGCACCGAAAGAAUCGUGUCGUUCCUCGGAGUGUAAGCUUGCGAAGAUUACUCCACUCCACCUAGCAAUUAAGGCCAGGCCAGAUUGGUAAAUACUGAUUAUAGCACAAGGCAACUAAGACCAACAGUUCAGAAUCUGAUUGAAG